CUACUGGCCGCCCACUUCAAAAGUUCGAGUUCAAAACCUCCUCUUCGAUCCCCUCCACUCCAAACUCGAUCCUCUUCUCCGCCACCGCCGCUUGCUACGUAGGAGAAGAUCGGAGCUUGGGACGAUGGAGAGCUACGGGCGGAAGCGGGCGUGGAAGAAGGGGCCGACGCGGGGGAAGGGAGGCCCGCAGAACGCGGCGUGCGAGUACCGCGGCGUGCGGCAGCGGACGUGGGGCAAGUGGGUCGCCGAGAUCCGCGAGCCCAACAAGCGCACCCGCCUCUGGCUCGGCUCCUUCGCCACCGCCGAGGAAGCCGCGCUCGCCUACGACGAGGCCGCGCGCAAGCUCUACGGGCCCGACGCCUUCCUCAACCUGCCGCACCUCCGCGCCUCCGUGUCGGCCGCCGCCGCGCACCAGCGACUCAGGUGGCUCCCGGCCUCCGCCAGGGGCGCCGUCGCCGCCGUGCCGGCGUAUGGACUCCUCAACCUCAACGCGCAGCACAACGUCCACGUCAUCCACCAGAGGCUGCAGGAGCUCAAGAACAUCUCGCCCGCCAAGCCACCGCCGCCGCCCACGCACGCCCUCGAGCUCCCAACUCACCCGGCCUCCUCCUCUCCUUGCUCCACCGUGACCACAGGCGUAGCUGCCUCAACAGCUCUGCCGCCGCCCAUGUCAUGCUUCCAGGCCCUGGAGCAGGCGGUGGCCACGGCCGCGAUGACGGCCGACACCGCACCGGGCGAGCGCGCCUGCGCCGGCGCGGACAAGCCCCAGCUCGACCUCAGGGAAUUCUUGCAGCAGAUCGGCGUGCUCAAGGCCGACGAGGACGGCGCGGCCGCCAAGGAAGGCUUUCACGGGGAAGGCGAGGUGGCAGGCGCGUAUGGCUUCGGUGGCAACGGCGAGUUCGACUGGGACGCGCUGGCUGCGGACCUGAACGACAUAGCGGGAGGCCACAGCGGCGCGGUCGGCGUGAACGGGGCGUUUCAGAUGGACGAUCUGCAUGAGGUCGACCAGUUCAGCUGCUUGCCCAUCCCUGUCUGGGACGUGUAAUCUGAAUCCAUGCAAGAAGCUUCGGUGUCCUGCCUAUCUCCAUUCACAUGCAUGGAACCUUUCAGUAGUGCACAAGCUUUAGCUUUCAAGUUCAUGUAAUCUGAUUCUGAUGGGUGAUGAGUUUGGU